AUGCUGGUGUCUUCUCAGGAGAGUGCAUGCAGUAAGCGCAAACCCGCCGUCCAGCUGACGAAAGAUCAAGUGCAGGGCGAAGGCAAGCAGGAAGAACAGCCAGAAACAGAGGCUUCUCUGGACCUGAAGGAGGCCGAUGCGGAGACCCUAAAAAACAGACGCGACUUGCUUCUGCAGACACCUGAACCGGCCCCACAGACGGCGGAAUCCCCUGCAACAGGUGCUCCAGCGGGUGCUGCAGCAGGUGCUGCAGCAGGUGCUCCAGCACCCGCUGCAGCACCUUCUGCCGCAACUGAUGCUGAAAAAACGGCAGCUGCUGUAGCAGAGGCUGCAAACGCAUCGAUAGGAGCUGAAAGUGGUGGCAUCGGCGCCCGUUCAGCUGCCGGUGAUGGUGCUGCUUCUGCUGGUACUGCUUCAGCUGAAGCAGCUCCGGCAGCAGCGCCCAACGGAAACACAGCAGCUGGCAGCAGCAACAGCAACGGCAGUUGUGGAGGCCUCUUUGGUUCUGUUUUGAAGGGGACUUCGGCAUUUGUUAGCCCCUUUGGUUCUCUUGGAGCGGCAGGCAGCUCCUUCCUACUGCCUUCUGCUGGGGCUGGUGAGGGCACUUCGCUCUUCAAAGGCUCAGGGACCGCCGCGGCUGCCGAUGCAGAAGACGGAGACGCACCUCCACCGGAGGAACCCACGGUCGUCACAACCACCGUCGACAGCAAGGAGGAAAUCAUCUUUACAGACCGCGACUGCCGCAUGCAGUGCUUUGACCUGGAAAACAAGAAGGGAGAAGAGGAGGGGCUGCCCAAUGCCCGUAUUCUGUUUUUCGUCAACCGCACGGGCCGUCUGCGACUGAAUUCUCCGGUGUUGCCGUCAACAGUCAAAUUUAGACAUCCUGUUGAACGUGCAGCAGCUUCUGCUGCAACGAAGGCGACUUCGCCAGCAGCUGCUGCAGCGCCAGAAGGCGGCAGUGCGGAUGGAGGAGCUAUGGAAGUACCAGUAAAAAAGAAUACAGUGGAGUUUACCGGACUCAAAAUCGAUGCAAAAGACGCGAAAGAUACGACGUUCUACCGCAUCCGUUUUUCGAAUGAUGAACGCGCUGCGGAAUUCAUUGCUUUGGCGAAUGCCAAGCAAGAAGAAGCUGCCAAAGCCGCACAAAACGGCAGCACCAAGUAG